AUGAUUAAUGUACUAGCAAACAUUGCUUCCAUGCUUAUAAUAGCAGAAUUUGUCACUGGAAAUUUUGCAAAUGUUUUCAUAGCCCUGGUGAACUGCAUUGACUGGAUCAACAAACAAAGGAUCUCCUCAGCUGAUGGAAUUCUCUCUGUUCUGGCUGUCUCCAGAAUUGGUUUGUUAUGGGUAAUAUCAAUAAAUUGGUAUUUAACUGUGCUCAAUCCAGAUAUAUAUAGAAGACAAGCACAAAUUAUUAUUUGUAUUGUCUGGGCAGUAACCAACCAUUUUAGCACCUGGCUUGCUACUAGCCUCAGCAUAUUUUAUUUGCUCAGGAUAGCCAAUUUCUCCAACUUUAUUUUUCUUCACCUAAAGAGGAGAGAGAAGAGUGUCAUUCUUGUGAUAAUGUUGGGGACUUUUAUGCUUUUGUUGUCUUAUCUUAUGAUCGUUAGCAUUUUGGAUAUAAAGCAGAGGAAUGAAAACCCAGGAAAUGUGACUCAGAAUACUAAUCUGAAGGACGUCACAAACCUUUUAAACAUGACAAUAUUCACUCUACUGAACUCCAUGCCCUUUCUGAUAUCCCUGAUAUGUGUUCUGCUGUUAAUCUACUCCCUGUGUAAACAUCUCAAGAGGAUGCAGCUCCAUGGCAAAGGAUCCCAAGACUCUAGCACCAAGGUCCAUGUGAAGGCCUUGCAAACUCUGAUCUCCUUUCUCUUGUUACUUGCUGUGUACUUUGUGUCCUUAAUUUUAUUGGGUUGGAGUAGUAAUAAGACACUGAAUGAACCAGUCAUGCUACUCUGCCAGGCUGCUGGCCUGCUCUAUCCUUCAAGCCAUUCAUUUGUCCUGAUUUGGGGAAACAGGAAGCUGAAAGAGGCCUUUCUAUCACUUUUGUGGCAGGCAAGAUGGUGUCUGAAAGAACGGAAACCACCUAGUCCUCAGAUCAAUAAUGAUACCGUGUGA